UGCUAAAAAAAAUUAUCUGAUGGAUAAUAAUAUUUCUCAUAAUGUCAACCUUAAAGUCACAGUAAUAAUACCAAAAAAACAAUAAAAAGUUCUGUUUAACUGAAAUCUUAUAAAGAGGAAUCCAGUUUGCUCAUUACAGUUGCAUAAAAUGAAAAACCAAUAACAGCCGACAUCAUAAUUUUAUUCAAUUUCAUUCAGAAGCUAUUUUUUAUAACAUAUUUCCUGUAUUUGCAAAAAUGGAAUGUUUUAAGCUCAGGGUUUACUGGAUAUGUCGAUUUUUUUUACACAAAAUGGCUAUUGAGGAAAUAUUUGUAGUAAUUUUUAUCAUCAACUGUUUUCAGAUUUAUCAAUCAAUAACUUCAUGCUUCCUCUUUACACAUAUUCUUCACUAUCAGUUUAAUCUUAGAUAUAUUAUCAAUGAAGGAACUGUUGUGGCAUUUUUCACAGGAACCCUGGUUUUUGAAAAUAUUACAGAUAAAAAGGGUUUCUUGGAGAUGAAAUGAGACAUUUCAAUACUAAUUUAAAAUGUAGAUUUGAGAUUUAGAAAUGUAGAUAGAUUGACCUUAGAGAAGGUUUAAACCACAAAAGGAAGGUUGGUAUUGAUUAUUGGAUGAUUAUCCAAAUCGUUAAGGAAUAAGGGAUCAAAAAGAGGCCAAAAACAAGCAUUUUUCUAGGUUCAAGGUUAUAACUUGUGUAGAGUCUAAAAGUAUUUUGAUUGCUCUGAAAUAUAACCACAAUAAAUAAUUUUCAAUAAUGAAAUGCAAAUAGGGAAAUAGUUUACUCUUGCAAGCUACGUUUUUUUCAUGCUCGUGCUCUGUUUAUUAUUUAUUUCAUACUUUUAAUAGUUGGGUUAAAUGUUUUACAUUGUAAUAAAUAAAAUAUGAGAAUUUUGAAUUAAUUUGGUGAAGAUUAUUUUGACAGCUAGUUCCCCCAGGCCAUCAAAUUUCAUCAAUAUAAUUUGAUACCUUUUUCAACAGCUUAUUACCGAAAAUGCCUGAAUACUGGAGAAUGCCAAAAUGUUAAGGAAUACGAUGGCUGUGAAGACCAACUUCUAAAUAUGGGCACAUAUUUAGUGUCGCAUAAGGUUUUAAGAAAUUAUCUUAAACAGUAUGUAACUCAAGGGUGCACACUAUCAUCAUUUUACAAACAAUGGACUUGGGAGCAACUUGAAAGUGGGAAUUUGAACUUUUCAGAGGAGUUCCAGUAUAACAGGUUAAGAUAUGCAUGGUACAGUUUCCUGGAGUUAUUGGAUUUGAAUUAUAACAAUGGGUUUUCCUGUCCUGAGUGUGGAGACUGUCCACACACUGUGGUUAUGGAUGGAGUUUCUUUGGGACUUAGAAAGACCUUCAUGCCUUGGAAACAAUAUUUAAAGGAGACAACAGAUAAUGCUACAUUUGAUGGAAGUUCUCACAAUACACGAGUAUUUAUCAACAAUGCUGAAACGAGAAAGCUACUGUUGAAGUUUGUGAAGGAGGGGUUAGAUGAAAAAGAGUACUGCCAAUUACAAAAACUAAUUACAACUUAUCAACCUGCAAUGACAGAUAUUUUGAAUGACUUUUGGGAAUCUGGUUUUGCCAAAUGUCCUGGGAUUUAUUGUGAUUUGUUAUCAGUAUUAUCAAGCAAUUAUCCAGUUUGUGGUUUUCUGCAUGAUAACAAUAGAAUCUUUCAAAUAUUUUCUGAUUGGGGAUUUUUUUUUCAAAAUGAUGACAGUGUGCUUUUGGAGCAAGAAGUUCCUUUAUUUUUUAAACUUUUAAAAAACCUGGAAUGGAAAAUUCCUGAAUUUAUGCAUCCUAUCAUGAAGGAGUUAGUUGUAAGGGCACAGUCACCAUUCAUUGGCAAAAUACACAACAUCUCAGAGUGUGAAUCAGGCUGUGCAUGUGGAGGGAUUGGUUUUUUUCCGACAAUGCCAACUCUUUGCCACAGAGGAAACUACAGAAUUGAUAAAAAAAAACCUAGGAUGGAAACAAAAUGCACAAAAAAAAGAUCAACACAUCCAACAUUAACACCUGGAUUAUUUACAGUCUCGUGUAUCCAUGGCAUUUGCUAUGGCUAUGAGAUUAUGGAAGAUGCAGAGAGUCCCAACAUUCCUUUUACUGUUCUCCGUACUAGAUUUCAUACUGCUCCUAAGCUUAUUAUCUAUGAUAAUGCAUGCAACCUGCAUCAGUACUGUCUAAACAGAGACCCUGUGUUUUUCCAACAUUCUUGGUUUUUGGUUGAUCGUUUUCAUUGGUGCAAUCAUGUUGGUUGUCAUAUAGGAUAUAAUCUAGAUAACUACCUACAAUAUAAAUGGAUCAACUCACAGGUUGCAGAACAAAGAAAUAGCACAUUGAAAAAACUGAAGAGUAUGCUCUCUUAUAUGAAUUUAAAAAAUUUUACAACUCAUUGUAAUUUUUUUUUAUGGUUUCGUAACAUGUUAACCCUAGCUCGUAUGGACAAUGAUCUAUUUGUAAACACUGAUUUCAAGCUUUUUUGCCAUCUGAGUAAAGUGUAUACUACAUGUAAAUGAAUCAGUUCAAUUAACUUUAUGAAAACAGAAUUCUCAUUCUGUUCAGAUAAGAUUGUAUGAUCAUAUUCAUCAAAGUAACUAGGCUAAUGUUUUAUUUUACAUCAGAUAUUUGUUUGUCUUAAAAAAGAUAAAUUAAUAUGGCUGCUAUCAAAAUAUGGUUUUUGAUUACACACUCAAGUAACAUUGUUUCCUAUUCAUCUGUUAUUUCAAGAUAUAAUUUUGUUGAAAUGCACUAGAAACUUGCUUACUGAAAAGAACUUACCAGGCAUGAAGAAAAACGUGCGACUUAUUAGUUCAGGAUGAGGACAACUUAAAAAAUGUUGGUUUAGGCCUGUGGGUAUUUUUCAACCAUGUUUUAACAUUCUGUUAAAUUAACUGAUUCUUACAAAGACUGUUACUUUAAAUGAAUGUAUAAUUAUUUUUUUAAUAGAUCCAUGAGGUGAACAUUCAAUAUUGUAAGAAUGGAAGUGAAGAGAAAUUAUUCAUAAUUCACAUGUCUGUCUCUGUUAAACUCGAGUACAAAGUUAAAAAGCAUUGUUAACCUAAAAAUCUGAAAAAAAUUGCCUUAAUAGGCUUAGAUAAGCCUUACACUUCAUUGUUUUAGCUGUCUGGUACUAGUGAUGUAGUCACAGUAUCCAUUCAUGAUGUUAUAAAAGUAAGGAAUUACACAAUAUGAAGUUAGUUAUAAGAUAUCUUGUGUCAAAAUAAUUAACUUAUCUAAUUUACAUCUUGAUAUCAGAUAAGACUUUGUAGUCUGUAAUCUAUAUAUGACUUUAUUCAUGGUAAAUUUUUUCAGAACUUCUGUUUGAUAUUUUCUUCUGCAUUUGACAGCAUAAACAAAAAACAUUGAUGUUAAACACUUUCCAGGUUUCGAAAUUGUAUCAAAGUUUUUCUUCACAUAACAUUGUCAGGUAUAAUAUUGCAUUACAUUAUAUUUUAUAACAAAACUUGUAUUUAAUCAUUACCUUGAAAUUUUAACAUGUGAUAUUUCCAAUUAUAUUUUUCAUUGAUUGAAGCAUUUUUGCGUUCUUUUGAAUAUACUAUGACACAUUUAUAUCUAUUUAUAUACUAGGUAGAUUCUAUGACAAUAAAUCUUAAACCAUUAUUUGCCCUGGCAUUAAAGUGGUUUUGCCAACUUUCUCUCUUCUGAUGCAUGAAACAAGCAAAUUAUAUAAAGAAUGUUUAUUGCAAGUUUUAUAAAGAGAUAUUACACUAGAAAUGAAAAGAACAUUUUGUAGUAGAGUACAUGUACAUCAUUUAAGGGUGUUGAUUGUGUUAACAUAGAUGUCUAUUUGUUAAAUGAUAUUUGUGAACUGUUUAUUUUGCAUAAAUCUGAUGUCAGAGUGGAUCUCUUUUUGAUUGAUUUUUAUUGUUAGGAUAGGGAUUAUUGUUAUUUAAGCUUGCUUUUGGAUAUGAGCCACCUUUAAGACAUUUGGUCUUUAAUUGAGAGUUGUCUCCUUUCAUUAAAUGCAGUGUAUUUCAAUUGGAAUUGGAAAUUUAAAUGGUAUUCUUUUUUAAAUGUUUGCCUAUAUUUCUUCAGUAAUUAGAACAAGAGAGAGUGUGAGAGAAAGAAAGAGAGAGGGAGAGAUGCAAGCAAGGUGGGUCUGUGUAGGUGAAUGUAGGACAGAAAGUUACAGGACAAAAAGUCACAAUUAUUUUUUUCUGAUUAUUUUCUUUGAAUAAAACACACUUAUUUAUACAAAAAUAUUUUUGUAUUUUUCUUGAACUAUUGUAUAUAAUGUUGAAAAAGAAAAUGUCAAGGUGGCUUGGGUCUUAAAUGACUUCAUGGUGCCAAGAAAUCUUUCUUCUGCAUGAUUAAAAUUAAAUAAAUCUUUAUUUUUCCAGUAUAAUGACACAUUUCAUUAUCUUUAAUUUGAAUAUAUGUAAAAAAGAUAUAUAUUAAAAGACUUUCUCUUACAUAUUCAAACAAUUGUCAACAGAUUACUUGUGACUUUUUGUCCUGUGACUAUCUGUCCCUUUACAUGUGUAAGUUCAUAUCCCAUUACUUAUAAUGUACUUAUUUUAUAAUAAUGAUAAUAUUAAAUAUGAUGGCGGAUGCAAAGAAAAUAUUGGAAAUAAAAGUGAUAUUUUU